AUGAUAGGGAACCGAUUUAAGGGGUUAUCCCCGGAUACACCCCUUCAUUCACCGCCCCUCAAAUCCCCGCCAACCAAACGACCAAAACAUCUUACCAAUUUUGAACAAUUUCCCGAACUCCCUGCCCCCACCAAUUUCAAAAACCCCAAAUUCAUUGUCAUCUCUUCGAGUGAUGAAAACAAACCCCUAUCAAAUGUUAGUGUUUUCUUUUUGAAGAAAGCUAUAGAUGCUAUUAGUAAGGAAUAUGAAAGCAUUACCCAGCUUCGUGAUGGGAAUAUACUAAUCCUUGCAAAAAACAAAAAAGUUGCAGAAAAAUUCCUAGUGCUCACUAACUUAGCUAAUCAAUGCCCAAUCUCCGUGAAAUAUCACGACCGUCUGAACUCAAGUAAAGGAAUCGUAUUUGCGCCUUUCCUUAUUAACGUUCCAGAAAAUGAAAUCGUUUCUGAAAUGUCCACGCAAGGUGUAAUUGAGGUCUUCAAGUUUAUGAAAAAUAUUGAAGGAAAGCAACGCCCAACGGGCCUCAUGCUUUUUACUUUCGAUUUAUAUCAAGCUCCGACCUCGGUCGAAAUUGGAUUUUACAAAGAAAAUGUAAAGGAAUAUAUCCCCAAUCCAAUGCGGUGUCGCAAAUGCCAAAUUCUUGGACACACCAUCAAAAGGUGUACCAAAGUUGAAAUGUGUGCUACUUGCAAUCUUCAAGUUCACGAAAAUGCACCUGUUAGCUGCACACGUGUUAUGUGUGCAAACUGCCCCCCAAACGCAGAACCACAUCCAUCCUCCUCUACUAAAUGCCCUAAAUAUAUUAAAAACAAAGACAUCCUAACAAUUAAAACGAGAAAAAAGUGUAGCAUGGCUGAAGCGAGACGCCUAUACUACCACAAUAAUCCAACUGAAACAAACCUGAAUAAAAUCCCCUACAACGAAAAAGCAAUAACUGGUAAUAAUACUUCUAAAGAUAAUGCCAUCUCAUAUGAAAAACCAAAACAUACAACCGCUCAAAAUUCUCUCUCUAUCCCACAAACAUUCUCUGCUUCUAAUACCAUUACAUCCUCUUCUUCCCUCGCUAAAACAUUGGAUCCCAAUCCAAAAUCUAUACCAGCAAAUAUUCAAACUAAACUCCCUGCUAACAAACAAAUUUCUCAUAACCUAAAACAACCCUUAACCACAGAGCCUACUACCCAAGAUAAACACAACAAAGCAAACAUAACCCCAAAUUCAAUAAAAAACCCACCAAAACCCAUAAACAAACCUGAAAAUAUGAACGUCUCUGAUUCUGAAACAGACGACGUUACUAUCCAUUCACCCAUCACAACCCUUACCCAAACUCUUUUAGAACAAAACACAUAUUUUUUGCCACACACUUCUAAUGACAAUAAUCAUGAAUAUGUACCCAAGUAA